GCGAACAUGAAGAGGAUACAUGUCUCCAUCUAGAGCUUGGUGUUAUAUGGAGAGAGGACACAUCACGGGGGUACGUGGCCAAGGGUGAUGAGUGACCUGGUGUGAGUGACCCCAGGGGUGGGCGGAGUGAGUCCAAGUUGGUCGAGGUGACCUAGGGUGGUUGACCACGGGGGGUGGCCGAGGUGUUCUGAGGUAAUUAACCCCGGGGGUGGGGGGGGGGGGGGCAGAGUUACUUCGGGGUGGUUGAGGUAACCCAAGGUGAUUGACUCUGGGAUGGUCGGAAUGACCCCGGGGUGACCAAGGUUACCUGAGCUGAUUGACCCCGGGGGCCCGGAGCGACCCCGUGGUGACCGCGGUGGCCCAAGCUUAUUGAUCCUAGAGUGGCCGGGGUGAACCCAAAAUGACCGAGGUGACCUAGUGUGAUUGACCCCAGGGGCCCGGAGUGACCCCGUGGUGGUCGAGGUGGCCCGAGCUUAUUGAUCCUAGAGUAGCCAGAGUGACCUCAAAAUGACAAAGGUGACCCAAUGUGAUUGACCUCGGGGAGCAGGAGUGACCUUGGUGUGAUUGAUCCCCGGAGUGACCCCCGAGGUGACUGAGGUGAAGUUGAUUGAUCUCGGGGGUGUCAGAGUGACGUCGGGGUGGCCAAGGUGACCUCAUCGUGAUUGACCACGGGGGGUGGCCUGAUUGACCCCAAGGUGGCCGAGGUGAUUGAUCUCGGAGGUGCUGGAGCUGCCCCAAGGUGACCGAGGUGAUUGAUCCCGGGUGGCCGGAGUGACCCCAAGGUGGCCAAGGUGACUUGAGAUGGUCGGAACGACCCCAUGAUGGUCGAGGUGACCCAAGGCGAUUGACCUGGGGGUGACUAUGGGGUGGCUGAGAUGACCCAGGAAGAUUGACACGGGGGUGAUCGGAGUGAUCCCAAGGUGUCCGAGGCGAUCCAGGGUGAUUGACCCGGGGGGGGGGGGGGGGGGGGUGGCCGUAGUGACUUCAAUGUGACUUGAGGUGAUUGACCCAGAGGGUACCGGAGUGACCUCAAGGUGGGCGACGUGAUUGACCCCGGGGUGGCCGGAAUGAUACCAAGGUGACUUGGGGGGAUUGACCCCGGGGUGAUCCCAUGGUGGUCGAGGUGACCCGAGGGUGAGACCUCAAUGUGACCCGAAUGACCUUGGGGUAACCAAAUGGUGAGGUUAUCUCCGUUUAAUAAAAUAAAAUUUUACUUAGGGCCCACUAGUUAUGUUUAUAUGAGUAUUUUUUUUUUCAUUUUGUUUGGAAUGUCGUAUUUUAUUUAAAAAUAUAAGUAGAUUGUCUUCAAUAUAUUUUAUAUGUGCUGGAAUUAGUUUGAUGUUAAUAAUUUUCACAGUUCUACAUAUUUUGUUAAAUCAACAUGAUUUGAUAUAAACUAAUUAUAUCUGGUCAAAUCAUAUCUCUUGUUAAAUCGGCACAACGAUAUAAAUGAUUGACAACUUGCGAUGACACUAGCAGCAGUAACACUAAGCGCACCAGUAACCAUAGCCGGUCUUGUGCAGCGGGUUCAUUUCAGAUCCAGGGCCGCCCGGUUCUGCCCUAACCCGCAAAGUAAUCGGGGUUUGGGAUCCAUUUUGGUAACAACAUCAGAAGCUUUGAUUGACAUGGCGAUGGCUACACUAGCUGCUGCUCGUCGAGUCGCUGCUCUCGGCCGAGUUUCAUCCCCCGCCACAUCCGUUCAGGCUGCGUCUCUCGUCCCCCGCCGCGGCCUCGCCGGCGCUGCAGAUCACCAUGGGCCACCGAAGGUGAACUGUUGGAGCCAACCAGCGAAUCCAGCUCAGUGGAAGGAAGAGCACUUUGUAAUUGUCUCUCUCGCUGGUUGGGCUCUCCUUAUUGGUGGUAGCUACAAGUUCUUCACCAAAGGCAAGAAGGAAGAGGUAACUUUACACUUGCCUUCAAAUGUGAGAGUUGAUUUAGUCUUUUGCAUUGUGGGUGUUGAUGUCGACCUAAAAGCAGCGUUCUUUUCUCUUUGAUGUAAUGUGUGUGUUUUGGGUCAAAUUUUAUGAACCUAAUUGUUGUCUUUACCUUUGGAUUUGAGGUCAUGAUUAGUCAGUUAAGUUCUGCAGUUUUAACAGUAGCUUUUGAAAGCAUGGCAGCUUGAAUUAACUGCCUGGAUUUUUCCAUCGUAACCUGUUUGUCCUAUAUAGUUCAACAUACUGAGAUGAUCUGUUGAAGGUUGGAGAGACUUCCCAUUUCCAUUUCUUACCUUCGAGCUUGUAAUUUAAUAUGCCGCUCCCCCUUUCUGUUCUCCUCUUUUCUGUCCUUGUGUAUUGUUGUUGUUCUUGUUCUCUUUAAAAUUUCCAGUCCACCUGAUGGGAAAACAAGAGAACAAUGUCUAUCACUGCAUCCCUUUCUUUACAUUUAGCACGUAAUUAUCUUUUUGAAAACCUGUUCCAAGAGAUGUCUUCCUGCAGUCAUUAGCACCGCCUUAUAUGUCAGAAACAUUUAGAUACAGACGCCCUGUGGCCUUGUAGCGUGGUGCAAUGCCCUUCUGAUAUGCUUGAACUAUUAGGCCAAAUGAUAUGAAGCACGUUGAACUUGUUUUCUGGUUGAUUUUAUUGUGUCCACUCUGUUCAUCAGGCGACACUAUUAGGGCUUGUUUGCUUGAUGGAUUUGGUGAGGGAUUUGGAUCCAUCAUGGAUUUUGUUCAAAAUUCAUUGUUUGCUUCAUGCAUUUAGGAGCAACAAAUCCGUGGGUCCCACAAACUUUAAGGGUCCAAAUCCGCGGACCCCACGGACUUGAAAGUCCCACCUAUUUAGGUGGGAAUUGAUCAUGGACUUUGAAGUCCAUCAUUUUAGACCAUACUACCCCUCCUAUUUCAUUUCACUUCUCAUACCAAUGAGGGCAAUAAAGGUAAAUUUCACUUCAUGCAUACAAAUCUAAUUAACCAAUUCCAUCAUGAAAUCUAUGAAACAAACAAUGGUAUUUUUCAAAUCCAUGAUUAACCCAAAACCCUCAUAUAUCUAUGGUUUUACAAAGCCCAAGGUUUACCAAAACCUUCAUUUUUCAAAUCCACAAAGCAAACGACGCCUAAAUGUUUUGCACCAUGUCCGAUUUGGAUAUAAUCCAGCUAUCUUUGCGGAAACUUAGGUUAUUAACAGUCAGUUGUACUUGUACAGAUUAAGGUCGUGGCAUCCUCAACAUAUUUGUAUCAUUGUAUGGUUGCUUUCCUAUCUUGUUUUGUGUUUCCCUAACACACGAUUUUUCUCUUCCCAGUUGGUAGAAGCAAAGCACUGAGGUCCAUACCCUUCUCUCCUGUGGUUCCUGGUAAUAAAAUGUAUUCAGUUGUCCUUCGCUGAGGAUUCAGCCUGCCGUUUGUCACUCAUUGUUUUCUUAGAACAGAUGAUUAUAUUAAGAGCGGAAAAUGUUUAAUCUCCUUUGGCGAGAUGGAUAAUAAACCCUUCGCAGUUUGAUGCUUCACAGUUCAUAUUAUGACGACUGUUCUGAUUUUAUCUUUGCUUGAGUAGAAGGUAUUUCCAAUGCCAAUGAAAGUACAGGGUUUUU